CCUUCUGCAUGUCGUCUACUAACAACAUCUAACCUACUGACUGACUGACUCAAGAAAAUCGAUUCGAGACAGUCGGAGAAAUAAUUCAUAACUGAAAAGCACGUGCUUCGACGGGACGCAGCAGCAGCAGCAGUUCCGUAAAAGAACGCAGGGGAGUGUUGCGAGUGAGCGUCGCGACGCCGGCGUCUGCGCACCCCAAAACAAAAGAGCGGCGCGGUGGCGGCGGUUCCGCAGUACGUCGAGCCCUCUCCAAACGUACCGAUCCUCAGCAAUCCGUCCGAAAAUCGCGUCGUUAACGAACAUACUCGUUGUUUGCAUUGCACAUCAUCAAAAGUUAUUCGACCGUUAACUAACCGACAGUUACGAUAAUCGACUUGUUACUUAAACCGAUUGACAGCUGCAUCGGUUUGGAACAAACUAAAUAACAAUUAGAAAACAGUUCGUUCGAGGAGGUUCGCAGUGGUGUGUGAUGCGAGAGCAAUAAGGACGAGACAAGGAUUAAAUAAUAAGUGCGAUUCGAGAUGGCUGUGCAGGCUUCGCUCAUGAAGACGAUGAUGGAUGUGAUCGGAUUCCUCUUCAUCUCCAUCGGCAUGAUCGUCACGUCGAUCGUGAAGUGUUUGAUGCCGAGCAGUUACAAGCCUUUCAAGAACUGCAAAGGUGAAAUCAUCUUGAUCACCGGUGGCGGAAGCGGUUUGGGACGGCUGAUGGCUAUGAGAUUCGCGAGGCUCGGUGCUACGAUCGUAGUAUGGGACAUCAAUGAACCAGGUAUCCAGGAGACUGUGAAGCUGGUGGAAGCCGACGGAGGAAAAGCCCACGGCUACAAAUGCAACAUCGCCGACAGGGAAUGCGUCUACAAGACCGCAGAUCUUGUCCGAAAGGAAGUUGGAAAUGUGACCAUGCUGAUCAACAAUGCCGGCGUUGUUUCCGGUGAAUUCCUGCUGAAGACGCCGGACCACUUAAUCCAGAGGACCUUCGACGUCAACAUCGUCUCCCACUUUUGGACCACGAAAGCCUUUCUGCCAAAUAUGAUCGAGAAUGAUCACGGUCACAUAGUGACGAUCGCUUCGAUGGCCGGACAUGUGGGAAUUUGCAAAUUGGUCGACUACUGUUCCUCCAAGUACGCUGCCGUAGGCUUCGACGAAUCCCUGAGAGUCGAGCUUGAGGUUCAAGGUAUCAAAGGAGUAAGAACAACGGUGGUCUGUCCAUACUUCAUCCAAUCUACAGGCAUGUUCGAUGACGUUAUGUCCAGGUUCGUUCCAACUCUGAAGUCCAACGACGUCGCCGAUAGAAUUGUAUUAGGAAUUCGAAGGGAAGAGCUGUACGUCAUGAUGCCAACACUGUUUCGCUACACCUUCUGGCUCAAAUGGGUGGUACCAUGGGGCAUGGUCUCUAUGUUCCUCAGAAACCUCGUACCAGAUGCGUCUCCUCAUCAAGUGGACGAUAAAGUGAAAUCAGAGAAACCUUUGGAUAACGGCACCAAAGAGUCUAACCUCACUGCAAUCGAUUCCAAUUUCCAUUUGCACCAGAGGAAGUGAUGACGAGCAACGCGUUAAACAUCCAUAAACUUGUGAAUAUAAUAAGUGCGGACAAUAAGUUCGGUUUCCUUCGUCAAUCAAGGGAUUGACCGACGACAAUAUCUAAUCGGGUUUUCGUUCAAUUACAUAAUUAAUUAGUAUUUAGACGCAUUGGGGGCAUAUCGUUUGCAAAUUUUCAGAAGAGCAAUUGUGAUACAAAUAAUGCAAUUAUUUUAAUGUUCUCUACUACCGUUUUUAUCAAAACUGAAUAUAUUGUAAAACUAAAUAUAUAUAUAUUAUUGUUUUUAAGUAUGUUAACGUUAAGUAAAUAAACAGAGAUAUUUUAUUGAUCCAUGCACUUUAUUAUAAGCUAAUGACUAGA